AUGGCAAAUAUGAUCGUUAUGGAACAAUUAAGAUCUACAAGUUUAACUUCAAGAUCGCAUCCAAGCACGAUUGGUAUAGAAGGAGCUCUUAGUAAGGUAGAAACGUUAAAUGCCACGACGAGUUCGUCCGAAUCGAUCUUGAUGGGAUUGGCUAGUUUGGAGGAUCUGUAUGAUCGUGUGGAGGAGUUUCUGAAGAUGGGUUCGACACAACGUGUUAUGUCUUCUGAUGGAUCAGAGUUCGUGGAGGAGAUGCUAGAUGAGUCUUUGAGACUAAUGGAUACAUGCAGCGUCUCGAGGGAACUCAUGGUGGAGACUCAAGAGCAUGUUCGUGAUCUUCAAUCAUGUGUUAGAAGAAAGAAAGUAACCGGAGGAGGAGGGGACCAACUCGAUGUUGCUAUCUCAAGCUAUGUCGGAUUUAGAAAAAACAUGAGAAAAGAAGCUAAGAAGCUUUUAGGAACCUUGAAGAAAAUCAGUGAUGGUUCAAGUUCAUAUGAUAAUGAACAUCUUGUGGCGGUAAUAGAUGUGCUGAGACGAGUAGUUUCGGUUAGUGUCGUGGUGUUGAAGUCGUUAUUAGUGUUCUUGCCCGGGAGACAAAGUAACAUGAAGAACAAGUUGGCUUCGUUACUAGUGAAGAAGAAGUAUAAUCAUGAUGCGACCAAGAACGAGUUGGAUACAUUGGAUUAUGCUAUUUGCAGAGACUUUUGCUCUUAUGAUGAUCUACAAAAGAAGCUUGUGGAGGUUGAGGUGAGCAUUGGUGGGUUUGAGAAGUGUUUAGAAGGGUUGUUUCGAAAGUUAAUAAGAACACGAGCCUCUCUUCUCAACAUAAUCUCUAACUAG